AAAACUAAAAUGAUACCUUUAAUACAAAACCCCCAUUUUCUACCACCCCUCUCGCUCUUACCUCUACCCGUUUCAUGCCCUAAAAAUUCCCCAAAAUGGUCUCCAAAGGCAUCAAGAGAACUCCCACAAAACCCACCAAAGAUCGCCGCAGCAGCAGCGGAUGCCGGAGAAAGACGCCCCUCAAGAGCGUCGCCAAAGCCUCUGCGAUCGUCGUCUCGUCGAUCAACAGAUCGAUCUACACAUGCCGACGACGUCUUCUCAAAAUCUUCACGAAACUCACCAUCAUCGGCACGCCGAAGCGCCGGAAAGAUGGAUUUCGGCUCUUGAAGAAGGCCUUCGGGGAGAAAGGGCCGGCCCCGGCUUGUCCGAUUCCCCAAAAGCCACUCCCUCCAUCGGCGUACCCCGAGAAGAAGACGGUCUUUCUAGACCUCGACGAGACGCUCAUCCACUCCAAAGCCGACCCACCACCCGAAAAGUACGAUUUCGUCGUGCGUCCCAUGAUAGACGGCGAGAUCUUGAAUUUCUACGUCUUGAAGCGGCCCGGGGUCGACAAGCUGCUGGAAGAGAUCAGCAAGAGUUUCGAGAUUGUGGUGUUCACGGCAGGAUUGGAGGAAUACGCGUCUUUGGUGCUCGACCGGCUCGAUCCGAAAGGAAUGAUUUCUCACCGACUGUACCGUGAUUCGUGCAAAGAGAUGGAAGGGAAAUUCAUCAAGGAUUUGUCGGAAUUGGGGAGGGAUUUGAAACGGGCUGUGAUUGUCGAUGAUAAUCCAAACGCUUAUGUGUUUCAGCCGGGAAAUGCAGUGCGGGUGAAUCCAUUCAUCGACGAUCUUGGAGAUCAAGAGCUCGAAAGGGUGAUGAAAUUCCUCGAAAUUGCAGAUUGUUUUGAAGAUAUGAGAGAUGCCGUAGCGUAUUAUCUUUCAGAAGGGGAAUCAUAAAUGUAAUGUUUUUUAAAUUCCCCGAAACUAUUGAAUUUCUCUCUCUCUC